UUCUUAUAUAUUUUCAUUGUUUUUUCUAAUCCAACUCUUGUCCAUAAUUUUUCUGGCAAGGAUGAAUAUUAAUGACGUUUUAUGUGUAUUUUACGAAAUUUGACAGCGAAUUUGUGUUCAUGCAGCCAAUAAAUGUAACCAUCGUUUUGUGAUGUAAUUUUUCGCAUAUUUCCUUCAGUUUAUUACGUUGAAGAUGCUAACUUAAGGGUUCUGUUGCGUAAUCUGUCGACUUUCAGUCUUAGGAUGUCAAAUUAUGCUAAUAUUAACAUUUUGAUGGAGUUUUGUUCUCUGAGCUAGAUGGUUUGGUCGACAAAACUCCAUCACAAUCAUCCACUUGAGCUACAAAUCUUCUCCACCAUCUCAAAAACAUAUGAGCGUAAUACGCUUCUCGUUGUUCGAAAAUGGGAGAGUUUCGCCAAAAUGCAGGCUUCCACUCAAGAACAACUGUAUUUUCUCCAUGAUUGUCUUCGCCAGUAUUAUCUACCAACAAGUGUAAGAUGCAGACUUUCAAUCAACUGCCCAUUGGGAUGUAGAAAUGUUAACAUUUCUUAUUUACCGUUCAAAUUUAAUCUGGUCAUUUGACAAUAUAUAUGUGACUAAACGACCUAGUAUAUAAAUCUGUAGGUAGCUACCAAGUUUUAUGACUGCUUGAAGCUCCCUUUAAUUCCCAUUGUUUUAUUCAAUUUUCUCAAUUACAGUUCAGACUAUUUUAAAAGUCAUUAUACUUUUAUUGAUUAAUCUUUAUUGUUCAUUACGUAUUACUUUUACUAAAAAUAAUGCGUUUUUUCUCUCCUCAAGGCAAUAAUCACAAACAGUCUUCACAGUUAGUAUAUAAUGAUCAACAAAAGGGUAUUCAUGGAGCCAGACAAAGCUUACUCUUUGUCAUUAUCUUGUUAUUUCGUAUACGAACUAAAUUGGCUAUUGAUUUCUUGUCAACUAUACCAGACUUAUCCGGAAAACCUAUACUAAAAGAAAUAUUAUCAAUAUGGUGUAAUUGUCAACCGUAUUAUUUUUCACGUUAUGAAAUUCAAGUUAGGUCAACAGACUAAAAUACUAAUUGAUGUACCAAUUAUUGUUAGUAUGUACAAAUUGUUAUUAAACGAAUUAGACAAGAAACUAGAAGAGGAGGCUGAAUGUGAUGAUGAAGGCAACGACAGUGAAUUCGACGACAAUGAUGACAAUAGUGACGAUGAUAAUGAAGAAGUACAAGCAGAAGGUUUUGAACAACAAGAAGAACUAUGUGUGGAAGAUGAAAUUAAAAGCGACGACAAAAAUGAUCAAGAUAUCAUCAGUCAGAAAAAGAGGAAAGGGAAAGCAAAGGAUAAUAGCAAUAGUGAUGAUAUGUUACAAGAUGAUGAUGAUGCUGAUAUAAUUUGAAUGUUGACUGAUUCUCUGAAGAAGCAAGGAGACGUCAGAAAAUCAAUUUAUUAUUAUUACUGAAUGUAAAUAGAGUUAAUUUAUAAAAAGAAGCUAAACAGUGGGUUAGUAAGUGGUGAGUUUUAUUACUGAGUGGUGGCUAGUGUCAUGUUUAUCUACUCUUUUAGUACUGUAUUGAAUCCUUGCAGUGUAAACACUAGUCUAAGUGAUUUGAUAUUGUGUGUACUACAUUGAGGGCAUUAGUUUGUUGGAGGUAAACGUUAGUGACGUGUGCCAACAAUCAUGGAAGAUCCCUUCUCACUCUGACUGCCUCCAACAACCCAACAGAUAAGUUCAUUUUUAUUGUCUUCUGUCAUCUCAUCUCAUUGUUCACAAUACAGAGUUUAAUGUUUAACUUAUGGACACAAAUCAAAUUCUUCAAUUUCUUUUAGUGAGGAUCCAAUUUUUUCCCCUAUCUUUUAGUGAAAUGAAUAAAGUAUAUACAUAAUUUUGGUAAAUAGUGACAUACUCAUUUUCAUAGAUGCGAAUAUAAUUUUUGUGGCAUUUGGUUAUUCAAGGCCUUCAAAAUACUGGUCGAUUGUAGUAAAAUCAAUGUAAUCGGUGAACAAAAACAAAAAUGAACAAUUAAAGUUACGAACUUCUAUUGUCUGUCAAUCAACUGUAAAGUAUAAUACUAAUUGGAUUCUUUUUUUCUAAUCUUUUUGCACAAUCAACUAACACGACUUCAAUCACAAAUAUGUAUAACUCAAAUGUUUAUUAGAAAUUAAAGAAUAUUAAUCGUAUAGACAUGUAACUUUAAUUCGGGUAAUAUCAAGACUGUUCAGUUUACAUCUUUAUCACAUUUGAACAACAUAACACAAUUCAUUUUUAAUUUUUCUACUUAUUGCGUUUGUCUUAUAAAAUCAACUACUUCAGAUAGUCCAAAUUUGGAAUACCUUUUAUCAAGUUUUAAAUAGAACAGCAAUAUAAACUUAAUUCCAAAUAAUAGGCAGAUAUUUAAUAAUUCAUGUCCUAUAAUCCUAUUCAUUAGUAAUAAAACUAUAAUCGACUUUGAAAGAACUAGUAAUCUAGAUUAUGUUGACUUGUCAUAUAGGUAAUAUUCAAAUUAUAGUGAAAUUAAUCUAUCCUGUAACUCUAGAUAUGACAUUUUUUGAUAGAUUUAUUUUGAAACGUUUCAAAUUCGACAUGAAUCCAGCUUCCUUGUUUCUUAACAUUCAUCAUCAGAAUAUAUCUGUAAUCUUGUGGAACCUCAUGUCCCCCAAAUGCCCCAGUACAGUCGAGGGGCGAGAGAGUUACCUCUCCCCCUCGAAAUACUCUGAAAUGGCUACUGUUAAGGAAGUCCUACUGAUUGCCUUCCCUGUAGGCGAGGGUAUUGUUUACGAAAUUGAGAGGACGAUAAGCGAAUGUUCAGCACUUUAACCGAGUUAGUGGAUAUGAAGAAUUCUCCCAGAAGAGUUGGGACACCCUGGUCCCAAACUGAUCGUGCACAUGGCCUCCAGGAUCCUGAGCAGAACAAAAGGCGUAUGAACCUAUUGUUAGUCACCGGCUACUAUGGUACUGCAUCUCAUAACGUUGCUCUACUGCCUUAUGGAUUAGACUUCUAGGUCAAAAGUUUGGGGUGUGGGGCUCCCUAUGAAAGCCACCUGCUUCGGUUUGGUCUCCCGGUCAGUAUCCCAGCCCACACGCAAAAUUAAUAAUAACUAGCGUGGCCCAUAUAUAUAUUGAUGCCCAAUGUGUACCAAGGUAUAUGUAUUUAAAUAAAAUAACGGAUAGAAGAAUCUCAUAUCCAUUAAAAGAUUUUAUUCUUGCUAUCUAAUAAAUCACUGCAUAUAUAUUGACUAUAAGUAAUCUAUAUCUCAUCUAUCACCUCCAUUAUAUAUUCAAAUUGCUUUAAUCCUCCGCUCUGUUAAACGAUUUUAUGUAUCAAGUUGAGGAAUGCAAUCAUCAAUUCAUGUAGAAAUAUACUUCUGUUAUGUUUGUUAGCUUUUUGAUUUAUUCUAUGAAGCAAAUAAAAAGAUUUCAAUAAUUUUAAAACUACACCAUGAUGUCAGAUAAGCCAUAAUCUUUCUCCCUAAAUCUCAUGUAGAAGUUUUUUUUUAAAAGAGUAUACUUGAUAUCAGUGUAAAGGGUUUGUGUAUAUUUUUUAUUUCAUAGUUUAGAUGUGCUCACUGAUGGCUAAUUUCCGUCGGUAAUUCUGGCAGUUCUAAUGAGAAGUCUUUAUAAGUAGAGUCCAACUAUUUUGAAUGUUAUGGAGUUACCCACUAGUAAUGGUAUCGGGAGACGACUAUUCAAUAUCUUAAACUGACUUAAUUUAGACAUUUAAGCCAUUGAAGGUCGACUUAGUGGUCUAAAGCUUAAGCACUCCAUUAUAGACCGAAAUAUCCUGGCCUUGACCCCCAAUGGGUUCAUAUAUAAGCACUACCGAGUCAUAUGCUAGGACCAAACGACUGUCCAGUACUUCCUAAUUCCCAAUCGUUAUCUAACUAAGAUCAGUUCGUGAUGUAAGCUAUAAUAUUAAUGUCACCGAGAGAUCUUAAAUUUAAUUAAGAAACCUGAUAAUAAGUUGUUAAUUAUGAUUGAAAUUUGUCGACUCGUUUUCUAGUUGCAUAAGUAAACACAUAAAAACCAGUGAUCCAUAGAGGACAACGGAUAGUUUAAGGUCUUUAACAGUACAUACUCACUACCGUGUAUGAUUUCCUAGCUGAUAUCAAUUCAUAAUGUAAAUUCUACGUUCAUCGUUUGUUUCACAAACCGUCGAUUUUUGAAUACUCCAUGAGACUGCACGACUAACAUAACUAGUUUUUAUGACAAUAUGAAGAGUACUAUUUUUUCUUCUGAAACACGUGUCUUCACAGGUAAUGUCGACACAGAAGAAGAUGAUAUCAUCUUAUCGGAAGAUCCAAUCUAUUCAACAGAUCAUAUUAUGAAUGUAAAUUUGAAAGUGAGUGGGAUUUUACUUUUAAAUAUAAUGGAAUUGUAUAUUUAUGUGUCAUAAAUAUGAGAAAACGUUUAUUUUACUGGUUUCAAAGGUCACAUAAAUUUCAUUACUUAAGUUAUAUUGAUUGAAAUAAGAAAAUGUGUAAUGAACCCUUUAUUUUGUCAACAAUCCGAAACACAAAACUCAACGAUUGUGAGAUUAACACGUAAUCAUUGUUGUUGACCUGUUAACUCAAUUCCAGUAAAACAUUAGAACGAUGACAUUAGGUUAACGGAUUCAAAAUCAACUGUGAUAUUGAUUUUUUCCAUUGUAGUCAUCGUUUGGUGUAUAGUUUAUAGUUUACUUCUAUGUAGGUAUUAUUAUCAACAAUAAUCAGCUGUAUAACCUUGAACUUGGCGUACACACUGUGUUCACCUGUUUAUAUAUAUAUAUAUAUAUAUAAAAGGGAAAAAGCAAGGUCUUCAAAUACAACACGGAGAACACCAACCUAAUCACACUUGGUGCAGGAACUCUGGAAGAAGUGAAAAGUUUCAUGUACCUAAACAACAUCGAUGAACAAGGAGGAUCUGAUGCAAAUGUGAAGUCACAAUCGUCAGUACGAACGUUAAGUUAGUUCUACUGUACUGGGCUGAAACCUGGAGAACUACCAUAACCAUCAUCGAAAAAGUACAAGUAUUUAUAAACAACUGUCUACUUAAGAUGCUCAAUAUCCGUUGGCCGGAUACCAUCAGUAACAACCUAUUGGGAGAGAAAACAAACGAGCUCCCAACUGAAGAAGAAAUUAAGAAAAAACGCUGGAAGCGGAUAAAACGUACAUUGAGGAAAUCACCAAACUGCAUUACGAGGCAAGUGCUAACUUGGAAUUGUGAAAGGUCACGGAAAAGAGGAUGGUCUAAGAACACACUGCGUCAGGAAUUGGAAGCAGAUGUGAAAAGGAUGAAUAACAACUGGAGAGGAUUGCCCAGGACAUAGUCUGAUGGAGAAUGCUAGUGGGCGGCCUAUGCUCCUUCACGAGGGGUAUCAGGCGUGUGUUAAGAUGAUGAAAGUUUAUUUACCUUGUAAAAUCUUGCAUUUUAUCCUACAAAAUUUGAACUUUUAGCUUACUUAUUUAUGUAUACGUAAAUGAUGAUUGAAAUUGAGUCAUAACAGAGCUUAGAAGUAAGCGACCUCUGAUUUAUCAACUCAACAACCUAUAGUUGAAAUUCGCGCUAUCUAUUACUAAUCAAAUUUGAUCAGUUUGAUUACAAUUAGUACUUGGUUAUGUACUGUGUAAUUUCGGAUACCUAGACCAUUACGCAUAUCUGUUCUUAAAUUAUUAUUCAGUUCUCAUGAAAUUGACAGAAAAAAACACAAACUGUUAUAUUUGUAUUCGUUACAGAUUGGUCGCAAUUUAUUUUAUUAUUACUAACUUAUCAACCAGGUACAGUUCCGUAUACUUGGCUUUGAACCAAGUACUACUACCACUGGGUUUCGCAAAAUUAAAUAGGUGCAGUGAGGUUCAAACUUGCUACUUAGUGGCUGAAAAAUGGACGACAUAGUUACUGAGCCACCAGGUAUCACUAGAUAUUUGUUUCUUUCUAGUACGGGACUCCUUAUCGGUGCACACUCAGAACUUUCAAGUCUGGAAGCGAAUAAAAAACCACUGCAAAAAUUUUAUCGGCAUCGAAUUGUGCGAGCCCAACUUCAAUCAAUUUAUGGUAUGACGCAACGAUUACAUUUCAAAUCGAACAAUUCAAUCUCAACCUAAUAGUUUGAAUGUAUAAACGUUCUCCUCAACACCUGAGCAUUCUAGGUUGGAUCACUGAUGGGGUUUUAAAUGGACAACCAUUGAGAAGAUCCAUAUUCGGGUGAAACACUUAUAUUAUGUUCACUAAUUUUCAAUAGUACUCUAAAAAUGAGAUCAGUCUGGUGAUAUUCUUAUAACUUGUUCCGUAUGUCUUAUUAACGUACAACGUAAUGAUACCACCAAUUAGAGAACAAUGAAUUAUCGACCGGACCAAUAACACAUACGAUCUGUACGAGCAGUCUAGAGUCUUUAUCGGUCCUGAUUCCCGUCUAGCUCUACUUGUUAAGUGCAGAACACCAAUCUCAGCCUCUGCAAUAUGAAUCAUUUAUUUCAAACAUACUGGGUUUAUAUACAAAACUAAACAGACCACAUUGUACCAUAAAAUAGAAAAUAACAUUUGUACAACAUUUAGCCAAAAAAUAGCUGUGACUGUGAGAGAUAGUAAUUGAUAGACAGGACAUAACUCAAGAAUAGUAAAUGAUAUAAUAAUAGUUCAUAGGUCAAAAUAAAGCUUAGAAUAAGAAGAACACAAAUAUGAAUAGUUUAAUUAUUUAACAAUUAUACAAUAAGAAAUAUACGUAUAGUAUUGACCCAUAAAUGGAUCUCAAUGGUUACCAUUCAUUAUUCUCAUUAGGAUAUCACAGAUACUAACACAGAUUACAGCAACAACAACAAACAAAAAAAACCAACCUUGAUUAAACCAUUUCAACACUAAUACUGUUAUAUUUAUAUAGAACUUGGUAUAUUUGCUUCUUUUUUUCUUCUCUCUCAUAAGAGUUAAUCAAUAAAAGUUCCGCUUAAAAGAGAAAAAAACAAAAAAAAAAGAUUAUUAAAAUUUAAUUAUAUUUUUCUAUAAAUUUGUUCAUAAUUGUUUUAUCUAGAAAAGAAAAAAAAAGCUUAUUUUUAUUGAUUUUUUAGAAAAUUAUUCUUGUUGUUGUCCAUAUUAAAAUGUUGAUAGGUUUCUCUUUUUAAAAACUCCUAAUGAACUUAUUAUGUAAGUGUAGAAUAUGUUAGAUUAUAGCUUGAAUCUUUGUUGAAUACAUUCACUAUAGUUAAAAUGACUUGACAAUCAAUUAGAAAAAUGUAUAUAAGACUCUUAGCCCUUAAAUGCCCUGGUACAGUCGAGAGUGGAGAGAGCCAGUUCGACCUCCUCGAAAUACUCUCAUAUAGUUAUGCGUAUUCAGCUACUGUCAAGGGAAGUCCUAUUGACUGCCUUCUGUAGGCGAGGGUUUUGUUUGUGAAAUUGAGAGGAUGAAAAGUGAAUGUUCAGUGUUUUAACCGAUUUGUUGAAUAUGAAUGUGAUAAAUGUUCUAAUUGAAUGCUAGAUUUUGCUUCUUAAGCUUUUCUAGUAACCCCUAGGCUAAAUAUAAACGGCGAUUUGAACAUGAGAGAAAAGGCACGAAAUAUGUAAGAAACACUUUACUCCAAACGUUCGUUUAUGUACAGAAAAUCUAGGGUUUUUAUAGUACCUUAGAUGUCCUUGGGUUUCCCGAAAAUUCUGGAAUGCUACUAAACAUAGUAGCAGUAUGGGUAAUCAUCCAAUCAGCAACUCGACAUGGGACAUUUUCACUUUCUAAAUGUUUCUGUCAAAACUUCUAGUGAACACUGAUACUUCUCAGUGUUUUCAGAGCCUUUCAUGGCUUUUUUAAGGAGUUUUCUGGAUCUCCCCAACAGAACGAUCCACCUAGAGGAGUUGGAAAACUUUGAUUCCAAACCAACGGUGAACAUGGGCUCCAGGAUCCUGAGCAGAGCAAAAGGCGUAUGAAUCCUUUAUUGAUCGGGCUGUGGCCUUUUAAGAAAACCACCUGCUUCGUUUGGGCACCCUGUCAGUAUCCCAGCCCUCACACAAAUUGAAUGAUUUAUGUUGCGUAUAUUUAUUUAGUGCCUCCUUGUACCAAUGUUUAUGUGUUGAAAUAAAUAAAAUAAAAGACCUAGCUUAUCUACUUUAUUUAUGAAUUUGUAGAUAUUCACCCAACAAUAUCAAUCUCUGGGUGCCUUGUCAAUGUAUUUUAUUUUGAGUACUUCGAUAUUAUUGUUAGUUCAUAUACAUACAUAAACAAGGCAUAAGAUAACACUGAUACGCGCUACCUCCAUAGCAACAUGUGUAGUUGGAAAAUCUACUUUUCAUGGGCUGUAUUUAUAUCAUUCAAACCUAAACUAGCUAAGCUCAUUUUAAUAUGUCCCUACCUGGAUCACCAUAGUAAAUUGUGGAUAAAUAAUGGGUUGUAUAUAUUACAAUUUCUAAUUUAUGAAAUACGACUCUCCGGAUAUUCAUAGUCUCUUUAUACUCCGGAUGACUGAUUGGUAAAGUGUUCAUUAUGAUCAGACUAGACCGUAAAAUACAUUAUACUCAAAGAUGAAUUUUUCAACCUAUACAUGAUUUCCGAAGUACAUCAACUUUGACAGUAACUAUAGCUCUUCGUCAUAUUCAAUAGAUUACUACGUCUAGAACUCUUGGAAUUCCGGGAUGACCUGUAUAACAUUUAGAUUAGUCAGUGACUCUCUUAUAACUGCCAAUAAAUCAGAACAAAAACAGUUCAAAUAUAGUAGCGGUACUAUAUAAACACAAAGUUACCGUAUAAGAUGUACAAAAUACUUAGAUUUUCUUAUUCACACAGUCCAACUCGUACUUCAAAAAGUUGAUACAAUCAAAACUGCAAGUUAUGAAGUAAACAAAACAUCAAGAACCACAGAACUAAUUGCUUGUCCAAGAGAAAAAAGACUACUGAUAAACUAAAAACAUAAUUCUAUCGUCAAAUGAUAGAUCAAUUCAAUCAGCUUAAGCAGUAACAAUCAAGCACAAAAUGAAUCAAUAUUACAGCCGCUAAAGUAUAUGGUUGGAUUUUAAAAAAAUUAAUACAGUCAGUAAAAAAAGUCAUAUAAUGGAAGUGUGAUAUAUUGAGAAAAUUGUAAUUGGACAUAGAAAUUGAUAAUAAUAAUAAUCUUGGCGAGACUAUAAUUUAUGGAUGAACCAAUCAGUUAUAAGAUAAUAGAUCUCGGAUUUCGGUGCGAGAUUCACUCAUCUAUUUGGCUAAAUAGAGUUUUAACAUUAUAGCUGAUUUCAGUUCGUGAUGAAAAUCCUAAAUCUUAUUUCUAACUUUAACCAUCAACUGUAAAUCAUAAUUAUAAUUCCUCACACUGGUUUAUAACCUUCAUUUGGUCCUAGUUAUUGAGUGGACACUAUCAAGGUCACUUAAGCGUUGCUCAAAGGUCGUCCAUAAAUUAUAAGUUCACCAUAAUCUUAUCUAGAACCAAGAAUCAAUAGCGUACACAGAAAUGAUACGAUCGAGAAGAGUAACUUUACAUCAAAGUUAAAGCAAAACAUGAUUGUUACUUGGAUUAUAUACAUCAAGUAUUCUAUGAAUCUAUGCUUGAAUUUGUUAAGUUUUAAGUAAAAAUAAACUGAUAAUUUGAAAUUAGGCAUCAUUUUUAAAUGAACAUCAAUGAUGCCCAAAUUAUUGACACUUGAAUUUCAACAUUCAAAUAUCAAUAAUAUCACGAAUUCUUAAAAUUGAUCUACUUUCUUUCUUUCUUUCUCUUUUUUCUUUUUUGUUAAAAAAAAAACAAAGGAAUUUCUAUGUAAUUUCCUAUCUGAUUUAUCUCACCAAAUUUAUUAUAAUGAAUUUAGUCGAUAUCAUACAUCAUUGGAGUUGACAACACUUCAACGAAUUGGUAUUUUACCUCAAAACAAUGAAUAAAUAGAAGAGAGAGUGAGUGAAUGAGUAAAGAUGAAACGGGGGAAAAAGUGUUUUCAGAAAUAACUAUUUUUUUUUAAUGCUUUUUCUUUAAACAAAAAAACUAUUUGAAUAAUUGAUGAAUUCCUUAAUUUGUUUAUGAUCAAUUGGUGUUUCUAUAAUACAAUAUGAAUCUGUUGUUCAUCAAUCAAUCGUUGUUUAUUGAAUUAUUGUAAGUUGUUGUUUAUGUUUUAUAAGAAUAGUUAACGUAUAAAAAUUAAAAUAGGCUUAUUAUAACUUGUUUGUUUAAAGUGAUUUUCUGGAAAUCUCUAUAUCAGAAAUGUUAUGCUAUGUUUGAAGCGAUUACGAGUUCACGUUGUCUGAGAAUGGAACGAAGAUUCUGUGACGAAAGACCAAUAAGCUAGCUGUUCUGAUGCGUCCCACCUCGGCUAACUAGAGAGAGAGAAAUCGAAGUUCGAAACGGGGAAGUAUAUUCCGCAAGCACCAGUGACAACAACAAGCACAAAUCAAACGUAUAUAUAUACAGCAUAAAACUGUCCUUAGCAAGCGUUACAAAAUAGCGUACUGAAAGACAUAACAGACCAAUGGCAUCUAAGAUUUUCCCAAGUAGGAAAUACGAUAUGAAGGUGAAAAG